AUGGAUCACGGUUGUUUUGUCUGUUUAUUCGCAUCGCGGUCGGUGGCGGCGAGCAGCCAGCGCCUUUCCAGAAUGCCACGGGCACCGCAUGAGGCAUCGCGGCCUUGGGCGUCCUCUCUGAGAAUGUCACGCCACCGCAUAUGUGGCCUGAUUUAUGGCUGGGCGGCGCCGGCCUCGACAGUCUUUGCUUCACUGCUGCUCCAAAAUCCGAUCAACCGAACUGCGCGCCUGCUUGUCGGUCCCCCAGGCCUAGAACUGCUUCCGGAGGGCCCACCUCCAAUGCUGGAUACCAACCCAAGACAAUCGUCUGCAACUGCCGCCAGCACUUGUGCGAAACACUCCGCCUUGCUCGCUCUCAUAAGCGUCCAGUGCCCCCGGCUCGCAGAAGAAAAACUCUUUCGCUCUCCCUCGGCGCUGAAUCUCGGUCUUCAGAAAGCUCUCCAACUGCAUCAAAGGCUGUGCCUGCGCCGUCGCAUUUCCCCACCACGCCGCCGCAGCCUACAGCCACUGGUCAAAGGGAAUCCCGACCUUGCCCCCCCCCAGCAUUGCUCGUACUCCUGCAGCCGACUAUUGGCCUUUCACGUCUAUGCUUGGCCGGUCCACAUCGGCCGUCCUCCUCCGAAGUCUCCUGAGAAAAGCCUGACUUUGAUCACCAUGUCUCUCAACUGGAACGCUUUCCUCAGUGAAGACCUCAAUCUACCAAACGAACAGUGGUCCGACGCCCCACGAACGACGGCUGGCCGCUCAUCUGAUAUGCCAACUUCCAGUGCAACUCGCACUGCAGGUCCAGAGGCUUCGGACUCGAAUAACUUCGAGUCUGCCCUCAGCGGAACUACUACCGACCCCUACUUCAACGACAACUUCUUCACCUCCAACGACUACUUCCUCUCCGACCUGGAAGUCCUUCAACCCUUCGGCGACACUAUCGGCAGCGGUGGCGAGUCCACUUCUGAAUCCUCACCUGAGCCUACUACUGGUAUUGCGCUGACCGGUCACACCGUCUUCCAACACGAAACCUCGUCGUCUUCAGCGACCCCGGCCUCGACGUCAACUGGAUCGGGAUCUAACCAGUCGCCUCCCAUGCAAUCGACCCAUCGUCAACCGCAACGAGCGCAGACUUUCCCCAACCCAACUUACGAGUCUAUGUUCCCGAACAGUCUGGACACUGGUUUUGUCGAAGAUCUCACCUUCCCCAACGGCCCGACUGGACCCGCCAGCUCCUCAAAAGCAAGCAUCGACAACGCGCCAAAGGCUUCUGCAGGAAGCACUACGAUCAAGCGAACGAAAGCCGGCAAGCCAGAUAUCCUGUCUGCCUGUUGGACCUCACCACUGUGCCCAAACCACGACCAAGACGGCCCACCGCCUAAUCCAGCAAACUGCGGAGGCGGUUGCGCACCCUUCCUGUUCGCUUCCGAAGAUACACUCCCGACCCCAACCGUCGAUUCUAAUCUGCUCUCUCAAGCUCAAGAGGUGACUGCCGAAGAGGGCAUUGUAGAGAUUCAGCCUCGCCCAAGGAAGCGAACCGAAAGCGACGCGUCAUCAUCUGUCGAGCCUCUCGGCCGCCAAUUCCCUAACAACAAGAACACCACGGAGAUUCGACCAAGGAUGAAGAGCGAAGCAUCUGGAGAUUCGCCCGAGCAGACGCCUCCGCAAGAGGCCGAUGAUUCGAAACCCAAAUCGCGCCGACGCCUCCCACACAACCAAGUCGAGCGAAAAUAUCGAGAAUCGCUCAACACGCAGCUCGACUCCCUUCGUCGGGUCGUGCCAGCACUCCAGCAGAGCCAGCGAGCAUGUGAUGGUGCUGACAUUGAGGACCUACCAACACCAUCCAAGCCCAGUAAAGCCGUAGUCCUUGCUUCUGCAACUGCAUACAUUAAGCAGAUGGAGAAAGACAAGAAGAGCCUUGCAGAAGAAAACCAGCUCCUCCGGACGCGCAUCAAGGCCCUACAAGCGCUCGUUAAAUGCGAAGACUGCAGCCUGAUGCAAUACGUCAUGGACCUAAAGAUCAACCAGGCUCAAGUGCAGAAGUACUGGGCUUUCACGGCGCUUCUUGUAGAUGCAUUUCUCCUCUCUCUCAUACCCCUUUUGUACCUUGGGCUUACGACUCAUUUUCAUGGCGUUUCUCGAAUGGGUGUGGCGGGUUGGCUUGCCUGGAUAGCCGAUUAUUCAUCAUUUGCGUUGCUUGAGGCUUUGACCUUCUGGGCGGGAAAUGUGGAAUUGCUAUCGGCUUUUGAUGGCGCGGUCGGUGUUGCGUUUGCUUUCGCCUGGCCUUCCCCAAGUCACGACACUCUGCGUUUUCUCCUUUCUCUUCUCCCCUACGAUGCGAUGCAUGAAGGUGUUGCAAUGGACAUUGCGAUAUUGGUGGCUGACGGUUGGGGUUUGUUGCGAUAG